AUGCAAGAUUGGGUUAAAUUUCUACGUGCACAUGUAAUAGGCGUUAGUACUGGAUAUUUGACUGCUGCAACAGCAGACAAGCUUAAACGUCCAUUUAUAGAUGUAGAGGGUUUUGGUUUAGGAGUUCAAGCUUACAAUCGCGCAUGGGCAACGCCUGGUCAAGCUCUAGUACACUGGGGAGAUCUUUUUGGACAUGAAACUGUCUUCUGGAUGACUCCUGGUCGUGAUUUAGUUGUGGCUAUUUUUACAAAUUGUUUAUCAGCUGAUAAAACUGGAUUAGCUUUAGACAAUGCUGCCAAUCUGCUUCUUGCAAGAUAUGUCUAA